CCUUUUCCAGGAGCUCUGUGCCUACAUGGGCCUCCCCAGACUCAACCAGAGGCUCAAAGACCAGACUCUGCAGCCGUUCUUUGAAGGUCUGUUCCCUCGUGAUAAUCCCAGAAACACUCGCUUCGCCAUUAACUUCUUCACCUCCAUCGGACUCGGAGGACUGACGGACGAGUUGAGGGAACAUCUGAAAAACGCUCCAAAGAUGAUCAUGACGCAGAAACAGGAAGUGGAAUCCUCGGACUCCUCCUCGUCCUCUUCAUCCUCCUCGUCCUCGUCUGACUCCUCCUCCUCAGACUCCUCCAGCGACUCAGAUUCCGACUCCUCCUCCAGCAGCAGCAGCAGCUCAGACUCAGACGCCAAACACAGCAAGAAGAAGAAGAAGAGAAACGAACAAAGUGAGCAGAAGAAAAAGAAAGAGAAGGGCAAGAAGAAAAAGAAGGACAAAAGCUCUGACAAGAAGCAAAGCAGACACAAGAACACUGAGGAUGACAGUAACGACGAGAAGCAGGCGAGGAAGCACGGGAGAGGCCGUGCACGUGAGGUGGAGGAGCGCGAGCGUGCACACGAGGGCACCCACCAGAGCAGACGAGACGAGAGACCGGAGGAAGAGGAGCUGCAGCGCAAAGACGAGGACAGGAGGCGGAAAAUGGACUCUCAAGGCAGGCAGAGAGAUGGAGAGAGGGAGCGAGAGGGAGACAGAGGGAGGGAUAGGGAUAGAGAGCGAGCGAGGGAGCGAGAGCCAGAGGAGAAGAGGGAGAGGGAGCGAGAGAGGAAUAAAGAGAACAGGGACAAGAACAGAGAGAGAGAGGAGAGGAGGAGGAGAUAGAACUCUUCAUCCCUCCAUCCUGAAGCCGCAGUGAUGGACUGAUGACUGACAGACAAGUGAAUCUUUUCCCUCAGUCAUCCCUCUCUCCUUCAACCCGUCCUGUCACUCUGUUGUUCUGGUUUCGGGACCCAUCUUUCUCCCUCUCUCUCUCUCCUUCUCUCUCUCUCACUCUUUCUCUCCAUCUUUCUGUCCGUCUGUAUUUUCUAU